AUGAAUUCAUUCAAUCUAUUGCUUUUAAUCGGUUGUGUAUUAGCUGUCUAUCAAUUGACAUCAGGUGCAUCAUCAACACCCAGAGGUUCAACACCAAAAGGUUCAACACCAAAAGCAACUACUCCAAGAGGAACAACGGUACCAGCACGUCCAACUACAUGUGUCUGUAGUUGUUGUUCAGGUCUCAUGUGUACACCAAAACCGGUAUAUACUUACUUUGACGCUGGGGCGACUGUCGAAAUAUUGCACGAUCAUCUUAAUAGGGAGUGA